AUGCCGCCGCCGAUGAGCUCAUGGCAGGCCGCCCGCGGAGGCGGCUCCCGCCGGCCCGGCACGGCCCCGGCCGGCAGCGCGCCCGGACCCGCCGCCAGCGCCGCUCCGCAGGGGAAUUCCCCGGGAGCCGCCGCCAGAGCGCCGGGACAACGCGAUCGCUCCGCCGGCGCUGCCCCGCCGCUCCCCCGCUUCCUGCAACAGCGGCCGCGGGGAGGGAACGGCGCCGGGAAUCGCCCGGGCACGCCCAGGAGGGGACAAGGGCUCUGCACAUUUUCUCCCAUUAACUGCUUAGAAACCCAGAACUUACAGUAUCACCCCAUAUGGGAACUGAGAUCGGGACUCGGCCAAACCUAUUCUCUGGAUCAAAGGCUUAAGCCUCAAAUUGCAGCCCCUCAGCUUGCUACAAACAAUCCCACUCUUACUACAGUUGCUCUAGAAAAACCUUUCUGUGUGUUUGACAGCUCACUGCACCCAAAUAAAUCUUACACCAUCUACUUGUAUGCAAUGAAGGAGUCAGCAGGUGCCAUGAGCUCCCUGGUGACUCACGGCAGCAGCAAAGCACUGGACAGCACCUUCCAGCAAACAAACGGGGGGCAGCUCGGGCCCUACAAGGCUGCUGCAUUCCCUGUACCCAGCUGUGCAUCCCCUCCCAGGCUUGUGGACGCAGGAGAUGUCAGCAAAGUUUCUGAUGUCCUGAAACAAUACCUCUUCAGAGUCGGGGAUGAUGGGACUUGUCUGUACGACCCAAACUUCCUCGAUGUCUGUAACCCGCCUCUUGCACCAGGCACGACUUACAGGUUUAAGUAUGUCCUGGUAGAGAGCACUGAAGGGAUUGUGAAAGACCAAACCCUCUGGUCUGAUCCAAUCAAAACCAGAAGAGUUAAACUUUCCUUGCAAGUUGACACCUGGCCUGGCCGAAGGAGUGGAGCCAUGAUUGUCAUUACAUCCAUCCUGAGUGUGCUCCUGUUCCUCCUGCUUGCUGGGAUUCUGGCUGCUGUGUCCUUGGCUGUCAUGAGACCAGAAGGUCCUUCUGCAGAGACAAGGUGCACCCCUCAGACUGCUCAGCCAAGUGACCCAAGACCACAGCUGGGCUCUGAGUGACCAGCCUGAUUCCAGCCAGGGUGGGACUGCAGCCAAACUGCUCCAUGUGCUGAGACCCACAGGACUGUCUCUUCUAUUCAACACGAGUCCAGGAAAGCUCCAGAACACAACCAGGCAACAGGAGAUGAGCAGCACUGAUGAACUAAGGACAGCUGGUUUGAAGUCUUGCAGUACAUCAUAGCUUGUCCUAAUGAGAUUUGAUGUGGUUAAUUACCUUGCAUAGCAUAUAGCACAUAUGAACAGUGACUAUCAAAUGCCUGGAAUGAAGAAAAAAAAAUCUGAGAUCCUUCGGCUCCAGGAGUUGGUCAGAGGUUGUCUAACAGAGACAUCUCAUCUGGAGUAAGCAUUACUGCAGCCCUCAUGUGCUCCUUGCAGUCAGACAAACAGGAUGGAGCUGUUUGUGUCUGUGUUCCUCCAGAGGAACUGAUGAGAAACAUGUACUGCUUUAUUUUCCACUGAUACCAACUUCAAAGCCCUUCUUUACAUCCCUUGAGUAUGUAGAAGCAACUGUUCUAUGGUAGCAACAAUUUGGGAUAAGCACAAAGCUGUCACUGGCUAUUCUUUUCCUAGUUUUCAGUAAAUUUGUUCAACUGUGUCAGAUAAUAAAUAAGGGUUCUGUUCUAACACAGGUGGUUUGCUAUCACUUCAAUUACUGGGUGAUCUUUCACUGAUACUUAUUUCAAGGAGGGGGAUUUAUUCUCUUUGG